GCCUACCAGCAGCAACCGUACGGUCAGCAACAGGUGAGCCACUGUGUGCCGGGAGAGAAGUUCAGCCGUCUCGGUCCGUGUGUGACACCGGCCGAGCCGCUAGGCUGGGCGUGGCAUGUGUGUACGUAUAACUGCUCGAGGAGAGAAAGAGAGAGGGGAGGAGAAAGAUCUUGCAGAACGUUGUACAACUAGAAUCUAGAAGAGUGUCUGGGCCGGAAUGAAUGGUGUGUACCCUAGUGCUCCACCACCUCAGCAGUAUGCCCCACCUACCUAUCCCCAAGCCCCUCCUCCCCAGGGCUAUUAUCCACAAGGAAUGCCUCCACCGCAAGCAAUGAUGCCACCACCUCAACAAGGCAUGCCUCCAGCCCAAGGUAUGCCCCCAGCCCAAGGUAUGAUGCCUCCAGCUCAAGGAAUGGCUCCUCAGCUCCCAGGCCCACAACUGCCUUCUGGCUACAACAUGCUGGAUGCAUUCAGAAGUGGAAACGAAGUUCAGCUGAUUGCUCGUGCCACGGGGUACCCCCUCAUGAUGAGGAACGGUGCCAUCUUCGGCAACGGUGGAUUCGUCAAGAACGACUGCAAGUUCAAGGUGGUGAUUCCUGACAAGGCAGGUCCGGGGGUGUUCAUGCUCCAGAAUGGAGAAUGGGCUGGUCUCCACAUUGCCAUCAAGAGCCAUAAAGUCCAAGCUAGUAAGGCCAACGAGAACUGCCACCUCCGAGUGCACGUCCAGCCAGACAACUACGUGGUCUUCGAGAGUGUCAAGAAUCCGGGAGAGUUUGUUGCCAUGCAGAAGAACGACGUUCCUCCGGAAAAGGUCAAAGGUCUCGAAAUGAGCGACGAGAUGGUGCAGUUCUUCGUGCGAGUGGAGAGGCAGAAACAUCCGCACUCGCAGCAAAUAAUGACGCCAUUUGGAAGACUUUCCAUUGCUAAUCAGCUGAGGGAUCGCAGCAUCAUUCAGCUAUAUCUGAAGCCGUCCACCUACCUGUCCAUCAAUGGCACGGGAUUCAUUCUCUCCACUACCAACGGAGGAGACAAGAACACAUUCUUCACCCUGAUUGACCGAGGGAUGGGCAUCAUGUCCCUGCACAGCCACCAGUACCCCGGAUUCAGACUGAGGAUGAACAACUUUGUCCUGGAGGGGAAGGGAGACCCCAAUCUGUCUGCUGAUUGGAGACUCAAGGAGAACGGAGACGGAACAGUUCAGUUUGAGAGUGUCAUCUGCCAGGGAGCCUGCGUAGGCAUCAACAAGGGCGGGACCCUCGUCAAGAACAUCAGUAUCUUCCUCGUGAACGUCCAGAAGUUCGGAGGUGCAGAGACCGUCACAAAGUCUCCGUUGAACUGAUUGGUGGAUAUAGAUAUACUACAACAAACCUCUGCUAUAUGAUUAUAUAUACAGAAAAAAGCAACAGUUUGAUACUAAUGCCACCGUAGAUUUUGUACUUGAUUAAAGGAUGAUACAAUCGUAAUGUUAAAAGUGGUAAAUUAUUGGCAAAGUUCAAGUCGUUUCUUCAUCCUUCUCCUCCUCCUCCUCCUCCGUCUCCCACCCGACUUUCUUCCACACUCUGACUGGACCGUGGGAGGCAGCGGUCAGCAGACAGCUCUCCUU